AUGCCGUGCUAUUUGACCGAGUGCAAUCCCACGACAGAGGCCAUGCGCUUCGGCGUCGCCUUGAUUAAUCUGUACGUGUAUCACUGCAUCGUCGACAGGUUGUUUAUUGAACCGACAGUCCAGUACAUGCUGCGCAAAGGCUGGUUAACCCAAGAGAAAAAGGAUAAGAUGCGUGAGUCGCUCUAUAAGAAUGCGGCAGUAGGUGCCUUCCACAUUCUCGGCCUUUACGUUGGUUGGAAUGAGACGUGGUUUCUCAACAAGGAGGAGUAUUUUAAAGACUUUCCGCACGUGGCCAGCGAGGGGCUGCGCUGGUACUACAUGAUCUACCUAAGCUAUUGGCUCCAGAGCAUUGACUUUAUGCUCAACAUUACAAACAAACAUUACACAAUCAAGCGCAAAGAUAACGCUGAAAUGCUUGUGCACCACUUUGCCACCAUUUCGCUCAUGCUUUUCUCGUACUAUGUUGACCUCACUAAAAUUGGCCUCUGCGUGCUCAUGAUCCACGAUGUAAACGACCUGUUGCUGGAGACCGCCAAGGUGUUUGUGUACCUGCAGUGGGAGACAGUGGCCAACGUUUUUUUUGGUCUCUUUGCAUUCGUGUGGUUUUUCGUGCGCUGGUUCUUUUAUUCGUACAAUAUUUUGCACAGUGCCUAUGCGUUUGCAUACCGCGAUUUGAUUGUGCGAAUCAUUGAGGCUGGCAGCUUCGCUGGAAUUGAAGCUUCUGUGUGGUACUGGACAUGGAUCAUCUGGCUCGGUUUCUUGUGCCUGCUGCUUGUGCUGCACGUUUACUGGGGCAUACUGAUCGUCCAGAUGGUGAUCAAGGCACUGGGUGACGGUAACGUCGAGAAGGAUAUCCGCAGUGACUCGGAAGGCGAAAAGGACGUGGAGGAAGUAGAGAAGCCAAAGAAGUUGCUCGAGGCGUCUGACACCAGCAAUCUUAAACACCGUCGUGCUCCCAAGGCAGAGUGA